UCUUACAAAAAACAAAUAAAAAAGAAAAAAAGAAGAAACCCUACUGAAAAAAAUGACAGGAUAUGAUGAACCAAUUAUCUAUAGGCUCAAUCGUCUUGAUAACUCUAUGAAACAAUUGCAAGAUAUAAUGAGUUUUGGUGGUGGGGACCACUACUCUCCGAAGAGUUCGUACGCGUCGACGACCUCUAGCGGAACCCUAACGAGCGAAGCCCGCCCGUCGUUCUCGCCGGAAAGUCUAGAGAAGCGGUGCCGCCCCGUCGAUGAGGUGUUGAUGGAGGUUGAGCAGAAGGGCACCUUGAUCCAACGGUUAGUCCAUGCCGAAGAUCUCAUCUUCAAGAUGUGUAUGCAACUCGAAGAAGAGUUCGAAGCUGAAAGCAAAGAAUUGAAGGAAAUAUCGGAGAAGAAGUCGCCUUCCCCUUCUAAAAAGGGUUUAAAGCAGUUGGUUAAAUCUUGUGUUGGAGGGAAAACGAAGCAUAGUAAUAAAAUUAAGGCCUAAUUAUUUUUAUUUUAUUUUGUCAAACUUUUUUUUUUUUUUUUUUUUUGUUAUGUUAUUGAUUUUUGGUGUGCUUUGGAUUUCACCUUUUGCUUUUUUUCUUUUUUUUGGAAAGAAAUAUGUGAAAUGUGUAAUGCAUUGUGACGAUUAAAUCUAGUAGUGUGAUGGGGGAAUAUAGUUUUUUUUUGUUUUAAAUUUAAUCAACUUUAGGCAUGAGAGUUGGGUGAAUAAGAAUGGAAACUUU